AUGCCUUCAUAUGCCAAGUUCUUGAAGGAGAUCUUAUCUAAGAAGAGGAAGCUCAUAAAAGAUGAACAUGUUGUUCUAACAGAAGAGUGCAGCGCUAUCAUACAGAGGAAGAUACCUCCAAAAUUGAAGGAUCCAGGGAGUUUCAGCAUUUUAUGCACCAUUAGCAAGACAACUAUAGAGAAAGUCUUAUGCGAUCUUAGUGCCAGCAUCAAUGCGAUUCCACUAUCCCUGAUGAAGAAGUUGGGAAUUAAUGAAGUAAAGCCAACCAGGAUGAAUCUUCAACUGGCCGACCGCUCAACAAAGCAAGCACAUGGUAUUGUGGAAGACGUGCUCGUCAGGGUAGACAAAUUUCUAAUUCCUAUUGAUUUUGUUAUACUUGACAUUGGUAAAGAUGCCAGUUUUCCUAUAAUCUUCGGGAGACUAUUCUUAGCAACCUUGGGAGCGCUAAUGGAUGUACCUAAGGGUGAGUUGAUACUGCACGUGGAUGGAGAGCGAGCAACAUUCAAGGUGCUUACAAAUGAAUCUCCACUACCUACACAUCAACUUGAAGAUCAAGCCUAUUACAUUGCUGAAAAGAAGGUUGAGGAAAGGAACAAGAAAGAAGUCCAUCAGCAGUAUGAGGAACACAAGCCAAAGGUUAAGAUGGAAAAGCCCAAGAGCAAAGGAAAACACGUCAAGACUAAAUUUAGAGUUCAUGAGGCCACUCUUCCUUAUCCACAUGCGUACGAGUACCACCAUGGUAGGACAUAA